ACCAUAUUCUGUAUAAAGAGGGGUGUUGAUGAGACUGUCAAAACAGAUACACUUUGACAACUAGCAGAGAACUACAACACUGAGUACUACAUACACAGAACCCAACUAUUGUUCCCCCAAACAUGCCUGUCUUAGUCACGUCACCAUCAAGGGAACUGCCUUCACACAACAUGGACAUGGACGACAAGAGGAGAAAGCAGACAAAGGGAAGCGACUUGAAAUCCCGACUACAGCGCAGAUCUUCCCAAUCCCCCAACACUGAACGACUUAGCCCUGAGGAAAUUAUCCUGUGGUCCCAGUCUUUGGAGAGACUUCUCGCAUCGAAAUAUGGCAUGACAACAUUUCAAGCCUUCCUGAAGUCGGAGUUCAGUGACGAGAACAUUGAGUUCUGGCUGAUCUGUGAAGACUACAAAAAGAUCAAGUCGUCCUUCAGGCUGUCCUCCAGGACCAAGAAAAUCUACAAGACAUAUAUUGAAGCCGAGGCUCCAAAAGAGAUCAACAUUGACCACAAGACCAGAGAUCUCAUCAGGCGGAAUGUAAAGACGCCCACCACAGUUUGCUUCGACGAGGCCCAGAGGAUUGUGUACAGAUUGAUGGAGAAAGACUCCUACCCCAGGUUCCUCAGAUCCAACAUCUACAGGACCUUACUGGACUCUGCAUCAGACUACAUUAAGGUGUAAAUGAAUACCAACGGUAAAAACUGGACCGAGGCUUCCAACAAUGGACUGCAAUGUUAGACAACCAGGAAGGGUUUGCAAAUGGGAUUCAUAAGAAGAUGUGUUCAAAUGUGAAUUCUACUGGAUACACAGAUAAGAGGCCAAAGGGAAAGGCUGGAAGGAACGUACAGAAGCGACUUUGCUGGCAAUCCUUGUUGACAUUUGUGUCUUGUAGUCUAUGUACUUCCACUUGAAAGAGAAACACAACAGGGGCAGCAGCUAGUGGUUAAGAGCGUUGGGCCAGUAACUGAAAAGUCGCUGGUUUGAAUCCCUGAGUUGACUAGGUGAAAAAUCUUUCGAAGUGCCCUUAAGCAAUGUGCUUAACCCUAAUUGCUCCUGUGAGAUGCUCUGGAUAAGAGUGUCAGCUAAAUUAAUAACAUGUAAAUUGAACAUAUGACACAUAGAAAAGGAUUACAGAGAACAUAGAAAUAGAUUGUAUUUCUAUGACAGAGAUGGGGUGCUGGGGGAUUACCUUGCAGAGUAUGUGAUAGUUAGGGACUUUCUGUGUCUUGGGGAUGUUUUCAAUGAUGCAUAUUAUGUAGCAUGUUCACAGCCAGAGCAGUAACUGUAUGAGCAGGUAUCUGCAGUUGAUCAGUGGAGUUAUUUGAUGAGAUAUUAGAUAAGAUUAUCUACUAAGUGUGUAUUUUAAAACCAAUACAAGUUUAGAAUAGGAUAUGUUUUCACUCUGACACCACGCCAUGAGGCAUGUAAGCUGAAAAAAUGAUAUCAUGUUGGAGAAUUAAUAUGUGAAGGAAUGACAAUGUAAACAUGUUGUUGUUGCACUGUAUAUAAUGUAAAAAAAAAAUUAAAUAAAAGAUUUCCAACAUAA